AUGACUUCAUCAUCGUCACCGUCUUCAUCAUCUUCAAAGUGUUCAAAUGGUGCAUCAGUCUGCUUCAUACCUAAAGAGUGGAAUGAUUACCCAACAUCAACUCUAGAAUGUGUACUGACCACUGACAUUAAAGAGCAUAUGAAGAAUUACAAUGAAGUGGUAGGUGCCCCGAUUUCAGUUGGUGGUGUGUCAGCAAAACUUGAGUUCUUUGGCCCCAAUAUUUGGAUGCGCAAAGACGGAGAUGAGAAAAGCAAACCUAAUUCCAAAGAUUAUGCUUCGCGUCCCAUACGAGACCACUCGAAAAUAUAA